AUGUCCAAUUUGCCUUUUUUAAAUCAAUCAUCAAGAAUGACACGAUCAACAAAAUGUAAAGAGAUAUUCAAGUGCGUUUAUGAAAGUGAGGAAUUGUUGAAUGUAGGUUUUAGAAGUGGUAAUGGGUAUGACAGUAGUGCAAGUAGUGAUGUAAGUAGUGAUGAGGGAGGUGAUGAUAAUGAUAAAAUAGUUAAAAAAAUUUUUAGAAAAUUCUUCAAGAAAGUUCCUAAAAGGAAAAACACGAGAUUAAACAAGCAUAUUCCUGAGAAUGUGAGUGAUUUUACUUUGCAAUAUAAUUUUGAGAUCAGAACAAGUCUUGAAGAACAUGUUAGGCAACUUCAUCAUGGUGAGAAUACCAAUGAAAAUAAGAUUGUCUUGGAAGAAUAUCAAGAUUUAAAUAAGUUAUCUGGAACUGAUUCAAUUUGGAUGUUUCUAUUUGAUUUUGAAGAAAAAAUGUCAAUGGAAAAAAUAGUUAAUAUUGCUAGGGGAACAGACUCAAAUGAAGUCGAAGAAAAUAUUGCUGAAGAAAAAGUUAGCACUGAUGAUGCUUUAGAAAGUGUUGGUAAAGUUCUAAAUUUUAUUCAACAAAAUUAUUUGAGCGUAGAUUCACAAUUAUUUAGAAAUCUUCACACAAAGUAA